AUGUGAUGUAGUGGGGAGGGGAGGGGAAGUAAACAAAACAGAGUUGGUGGCUAGAACGGAAUGCCAAGCUCAACUUCAGUAGUGGUUGGGUGCGCUUCAGCGGCAGUAGUGAGUUGGAAAGAUUGCGAAGCCCAAAUCCGCCUAGCCUGAUAAGGCGGCCGGGCCGUGUGCUUUAAAGUGCGCGCCGCGGCGAGUCAAUCAGUAAAUCGCACCCAACUUUCGAUCCGAAGACAGAAGACGAAGGCGCCUACCUGCUUGGCGCGGCUUGGAGCUGUCACAUCGACCGGCACCCGCAUUUUGCCAACACUCGGUAGCCGUUUCCACGAGUUGUGUGUUGCAGACUGACGCCUUUGGACGCGGCUAGAAUGCUGUUCGCACGGACCGCCCGCGGGCUAGUCGCCGGCCCCGCCUCGUCCACGGAGGCCUCCUCGCCGCUGGUGCCGCUGGCGCUGGUCCUGUGCCGCGGGAAGGCUACGGCCGCGCAGCCCCGGCCCCGGCACGAGCAGGACGAGGACGUCGCCGGCCAGAGGGCGGCGGGGACGGCCGCCCGCGCCUCGUCGCAGUACGAGGACCUGCUCGCCCAGCUGCAGGAGCGCGAGGUCCGCAUCCCCGUGCCGUGGGGCCACAUCGCCGGCAAGUGGUGGGGCCGCACCGACCGGCGCCCCCUGGUGGCGCUGCACGGCUGGGGCGACAACGCCGGCUCCUUUGAGCGCCUGGCCGGCUCGCUCCGCGGCGUGCCCGUGCUGGCCCUGGACCUGCCCGGCCACGGCCUCUCCUCCCGGGUGCCCCGCGGCGUGGCCCCCGCGGACCGCGGUCUCUUGCUGACCACCCUGAGGCGCGUGCAGCGCGCGCUGGGCCUCACCACCGUGUCCCUGGUCGGCCACUCUCUCGGGGACGCCGUCGCCCUCAUCUACGCCGCCACCUACCCCACCGACGUGGACAUGUACGUCAGCCUGGACACGCUGGUGCCCGCCCCUGCGGACGCCGACGCCGAGCUGAAGGCGAGCGGCCCCCUGGUGGACGAGCUACUGGACGCGGAGGAGAGGAUGGGGAAGGCGUCCAACGACGUGCCCCGCGCGCAGCUCCUCGACGACCUGCUGGCCGGCCGCGGGGGCUCGCUGAACCGGCACGCAGCGGAGACGCUGCUGCGCCGCGGCGCCGAGGGCUCUGGCGCCUCGAUGCAGGCCACGGUGGACCCGCGGGUGAUGCGCGCGCCCCUGCUGCCCGCCGCGCUGGCCCUGGCGUGCGCGCGGAGUGUGCGCUGCCCCGCGCUCGCCGUGCUGCCCCAGUGGCGGGGCCCGCGCGCCCUCUCCGCCGACGAGGAGCUUCGGGAGCGCUUCCUCGCCGACCUGCGCAUGGCGUCCAAGACCGUGACCACGGUGACCGUCAACGGCACGCACCACGUGCACCUCAACAGCCCCGAGGUGGUGGUGCCCGCCCUCAACGAGUUCCUGGACCAGCACCGCCAGGCCGACGCCAAGGACCACAGCGUGCAGCUCGCGUCCUUCUUCGUCUGAACCCCCUCUGCGCCCUGCGCCCUGCACCGCCAGCAGGCUGAUUCCGAGCACUGUUUGUCACUCUGUCUCUCUCGUACCCUUGUGGUACGCCCCAUGAGUGCGAGAGAGACAGAGCGACGAAAGCAGAGCUCGGAAUUAGUCUGCAGAGGCUGACAAAAUGGACGUGUGUGGAGAUUUUUCUUUUUAUUUCGUGUGUAUGAGGCGGGCGCUGCGUCUGCAUGGAAAGUUUUCCUCUUUCGAAGGGGAGGGGAUGAGGAAGGUCGGCCGGGAGGGAUCAGUGUUUAAGGGGUUUGUCGUUGGGCUGGAGUGAUGCUGUGAUACUUUUAGUUUCUUUCUUUUCUGCGGCCUUGGCUGCCGCGUGUCUGACUGUGAGGUCGUGCGACAAACUCUCUGUACCAAAUUCUUUUUUUUUCUCUGGCGCCUUUUCAGUCGUUGUCGCAGAGCCAACAGACAACAGAGUCUAUUUAGUUUAUCUUAUAAGCCUGUUAAGGAUACCUAUAUGUACGUAAACAACACCUCAUACAUAUUCUCAGAAUUCUGUGAAUGUAGUCGUAUAAGUGCGUUAUUAUUUGUGAUGAAAGUGGAUUGUGAUAAUUGACUGACGUGGCUAUGCAAAUGAAUGUUAAGUCAACUGCACAAACUGCAGAUGCGAAAAUGUGUAAGAUAAUCGAGGUUUUUUUAAAAUGCUUUUUUUAACUUGCAAGCGUGAACAGUGUGCACUCCUGAUUUCUAUUAUGAUUUCAAUAAUGUAAAUAGUCUUGUUUUGUUUGCAGUCGGUCGCCAUAUUUCUGGCCUAAGAUGCUAUUAUUUUUUUUUUUAAACAUUUGGUAAGGCAUGUGUGUACAUAUACGUAAACUAAUCGUGUUGUGUCUUUUAAUUAUAGACGAUUACCGUCGCUGUCUCUGA